UCACUCGACCCCACGUUCAUUUUUGCCCUCAAGACACAAUGGUUCGCAUGCACGGCAACGGUCACGGCAAGUCCAGCUCGGCCCUGCCCUACCGCCGCACCCCCCCCACCUGGCUGAAGAUCGCCAGCCGCGAUGUGGUGGAGCGGGUUUGCAAGUUGUCCAAGAAAGGAAUGCCCCCAAGUCGGAUCGGGAUGGAGCUGCGGGACUCGAUGGGUAUUGCCCAGGUCCGCAGCGUGACCGGGCGUAAAAUCCUGCGCAUUUUGAAGCAUAAGGGGCUGGCCCCGGAGAUCCCGGAGGAUAUGUACUGCUUGGUGAGGCGCGCGACGGAGAUGCGCAAGCACCUCGAGCGGAACACGACGGAUCGCGAUACCAAGUACCGUUUAAUCCUGGUGGAGUCUCGCAUUCACCGCCUGGCUCGUUAUUACAAGCGCGUCAAGCAGCUUCCCCCGACCUGGAAGUACGAGUCCAGCACCGCCUCUGCGAUGACUUCGUAAGUCAGGAAAGGUAGUACAAACCUCGAGUAGACAAAAAAUUAUUUUCAAGUGUUCUUAAAAUGAUUUCUUGACUUUUGAUACCUUAUAUUUUGUGUGAAAUUGAGAAUUUAUUUUAAUAUAAUGAAGUUAUUA